AUGAACUCAAUUGCCUGUUAUAAUGGUAAUUAUCAAAAUCCAGCCUAAUUCUUCUGCAAUAACCCAUUUUGUUAGAAAGAUAGAUUGUUUUGGGAAUGUUGUAUAAAUGUAAAACAUUCUUCACUUGCAAUAAAUGUUCAGGAAAUAUCAGCAUUCAGUAAUUAUGUCGAGAUUAUGAAAAAGGAUUUUUAGGAUUUGAAGUAGCAGAUAAAUCUACAAUUAGAAUAAUUAAUAAUUGCAUUCAAUACAAUUGGGGAUGUAAUUGGUAAUUACGAUUCACAUUCCUAUAAAAAUGUGUCUCUAGCCAUUUCUAAGCAAUUAAGUAAUGGAAUAAAUGCUAUAAUUCAUUUUAAAGAUAAUGAAAUAAAAUUAAAGAAAUUAUAGUAAGAAAAUCUUGAUGUAUUAACCAAAAUUGUGGAGAGUUUGCAAUUACAUGAUGAAAGCUCUCCAGAGAAAUCAUAAAUUAUAUAUGAGGUAUUGAAUGAAGCUUAAAUUAAGAAGAGCAUUGUUACGAAAUGGAUUUUAAUAAAGAUGCAUCAUUUUUAGCUGCAGGAUUUAUAUCUGGCAGUAUAAAGGUGUAUAACUUUAAUUAAGAAAGGUUGUAAUUAAUGCAGGAGAUUAAAAAACAUCAUAAUUCAGUGUAUUGCGUAAUAUUUUCUAAGAAAUCGAAUUAAUUUCUCUCAGCAGGUAAAGAUGAAAAAUUUCUGUAUGGGAACUAGAUGAGAAAGGAAAUUGGCUCUUGAAGAUAAAUUUAUAGGAUGGUUUUGAUUGGAUUUUUAGUUUAAUUACUAAUGUUAAUGAAGAUAUGAUUAUCUCUGGAGAUGAUUAAGGAGAAAUCAAAUUUUGGAAAAUUGAUAACUGUAAAUGCUUUUAUACUUUAAAACAGCAUAAAGGCAGAGUAUUGAGUUUAAGCUUAAAUUAAGAAUAAAAUUAAUUAAUUUCUUGUGCAGCUGAUAGAUAAGUCUUAGUGAGUUAAUUUUAAAAUAUGCAUACAUGGAUGGUUAUUUAAACACUUUUAUUAGAUUGGAUUCCAAGAAGAUUAUGUUUUAUAAAUGAUAUUACAUUUACUAUUUAAUGUGAAAAUCAGUAAUAUCUUUAUAUUUAUGAACUAUUUGAAAAUGAAAAAGAAUAUAAGAAAACAAAAGUUGUAGAUGUUAAAGGAAAUUAAGGUUGUUACUUUUGUUUUCCUUAAAAAUUUGUAUAAUCAAAAUAAAUUUUAAUGAGCAAGAAUAGUGAUUAAGUAAACUUCAUAAGAAGGAAUAAUUAAAACCAAAUUUAAUGUUAUUAUUCAAUUAAUUUUGGAACAGGUUAACUUUGGGGAACUAUCAGUAAUGAUGGAAAAUAUUUCGCAAUUUGGGAUAAUUAAUCUUGUCAAAUUUAAAUUAGAAAAUAUAUUGAAUGA